AAGUGAAUUCAACUUCUUUUGUGAGUUUAUGAUGGGUUUCGUGUAUUCGUGGUCGUCCAGAUUGUAUGUAUCAUUUCGUUAGCAUCAUGUUCACAGUUCAUGCGCACUUCAUACUAUUCGUAAAAGGGUUCACGUGUCUUCGGUCCAUAUGAGUAGGAUUGCCGUAGUUGUUUUUUUUUUUUACCAUUGAGUUUUGUUUUAUUCAUGGUGCUGAGUUCGAUUGGGAUUUGCAAAAAUGGCAUCAUCAGUUCAGUCGUUGGUGCUAUGUUUUACUAAUCAUCAUUGCAUAGUCACCACUCUCUUAACUAGCUCUUUCUAUAAUGCUCUGCUUUAUCAUAACGAUUACACGAUUCUGAGUGUUUUUUAAAUUUCCGUUCAAAAUGAAAUUCUUUCGAGUGUUAAAUUUGCUUCUUAUUAGCUGUAUGCUAUAGAUGUUAAGAGUUCAAAAAAUAAAUAAUAUACUACCAUGUACAUGUGCAAUUGACGCCGAAAUGAAUAAUGAAAUAGGCCUAAUGGCCGAACAGUGCGUAAUGAUUUAAUGGUUUUGAUUUAGUGGAUUUAUAACAUUUGCUGCACCAUGCAUACCAUACCUUAUAUAUAGCUGGCAUAGUAGCAUCUAUCUGUACUGCGAGCAAAACCAUCACCAUUUUUAAGCACAUACUAUACAAAAUGCGUGGUGUAGUAUCGCGAAGCUUUCCAAAAGAGGAACAUACAAAUCUUCACCGUGUCCACUAUUUGAUGAAUAGCGUUACAAGUAAUCGCCGUAGAAGCAAAGGUCAGCAAAGUCGGAGUGAUGGUAGAAAAGCCAAUAACGUUGAAAUAUUAUGACGAUAAGCGAUUGCAAGUGUGAACUUUCCGACUAAGCAAUUUUUCUAAUGUAAGUUUUCCUCGCGUUUUUGUUCCAGUUUUACGUAGAAAGUGAAGCGAAUGUAUAAGGUUGUAUAUAUAGUGAAAUUGUUGUGCAACAGCGAAGCGUGGAAAUUCAUCAUUUAAAUAUGUUCGAUUAAGAUCAUCAAAGCGUCCCGUUUAUAUCAUCCUCCUAAUGUGUCAUCUUAAAAUACCAUUUGAAAUAGCUAAACAGGAUGAGAAAAUAGUGCGCGGUUUAAAUAAAUGUAUCUUUUAAAGGCA